UGGCCAGUGUGAGCAGGAGGAGGGAGCGGCGGCGGAGGCUGUUGCCGCGGCUGGGGAACUCGAGGCGGGCUCUCGCUCCUUUUCCUCCCCGUCUCCCUGCCCUGCUUUGGAAGCAAGGCCUGCGAAGCCUCGCUUGCCGCUGCGCGGGGACGGCGCCGCCGCUGCCAUGGCCGUGGAAGACUCCAGCUCGCUGCCCUGGUCCAUCAACAAGGAUGACUACGAGCUGCAGGAGGUGAUUGGGAGUGGCGCGACAGCAGUGGUGCAAGCAGCCUAUUGUAGUCCGAAGAAAGAAAAAGUGGCGAUUAAGCGGAUCAAUCUCGAGAAAUGUCAGACCAGCAUGGAUGAGCUCCUGAAAGAAAUUCAAGCCAUGAGUCAGUGCCAUCAUCCAAACAUCGUAUCUUACUAUACUUCCUUUGUAGUGAAAGAUGAACUCUGGUUAGUGAUGAAGCUUCUCAGUGGAGGGUCUGUUCUGGAUGUUAUCAAGCACAUUGUGGCCAAAGGGGAACACAAGAAUGGAGUUCUGGAUGAACCUGUGAUAGCCACCAUCCUGAAGGAGGUGUUGGAAGGGCUAGAAUACCUGCACAAAAACGGGCAGAUUCAUAGAGAUGUGAAAGCUGGAAACAUUCUUCUGGGAGAAGAUGGCUCUGUCCAGAUUGCAGACUUCGGUGUUAGUGCUUUUUUAGCCACUGGUGGUGACAUUACGCGAAACAAAGUGAGGAAGACUUUUGUGGGCACACCCUGCUGGAUGGCACCUGAAGUCAUGGAGCAGGUCAGAGGUUAUGAUUUCAAGGCAGACAUCUGGAGUUUCGGCAUCACAGCAAUUGAGUUAGCUACUGGGGCAGCUCCUUACCACAAAUAUCCACCCAUGAAGGUUUUAAUGUUAACACUACAAAAUGAUCCCCCGUCGCUGGAGACAGGUGUGCAAGAUAAGGAGAUGCUUAAAAAGUAUGGCAAGUCAUUUAGGAAGAUGAUUUCGUUAUGCCUGCAAAAAGACCCCGAGAAAAGACCAACAGCAGCCGAACUUCUAAGACACAAAUUCUUUCAGAAAGCAAAGAAUAAAGAAUUUUUACAAGAAAAAAUGCUGCAGAGAGCCCCAACCAUCACGGAAAGAGCCAAAAAGGUCCGGAGAGUUCCUGGCUCCAGUGGACGUCUUCAUAAAACAGAAGAUGGCGGCUGGGAGUGGAGUGAUGAUGAGCUAGAUGAAGAGAGUGAGGAAGGCAAAGCAGCAAUUUCACAGCUCAGGUCUCCCAGAGUGAAAGAAUCAUUGCAGAAUUCUGAGCUCUUUCCAUCCGCUGAGCCCACCGGCCCUUUGCUCAACGUCCCGGCCCAGCCUCCUGCUCAACUACCUCAGCCUGUGGGACAAGCACCUGCACAACCUUCUCCAGCUGUCCCCACUCCAGCUCCUCCAGCACCGGCAGCAGCUCCUCCAGCAGCAGCACAGGCACCUCCUGCCCCUGCAGCAGCCCCUGUGCAAGAGGAACCGAAGGUCCCCAUCAGCCUCGUUCUAAGGUUAAGGAAUUCAAAAAAAGAACUCAAUGACAUUCGAUUUGAAUUCACCCCCGGAAGAGAUACUGCUGACGGGGUAUCCCAAGAACUCAUCUCAGCUGGGCUUGUGGAUGGUAGAGACUUGGUAAUAGUUGCCGCCAACCUACAAAAAAUUGUGGAAGAGCCCCAGAUGAAUAGAUCUGUCACUUUCAAACUGGCGUCUGGCGUUGAAGGUUCUGACAUCCCUGACGACAGCAAGCUCAUUGGCUUUGCCCAGCUCAGCAUCAGCUAAAACAACACUCCCAGAUGAUGGUCCCUCAUGGGUGCGGCUUUCGAGCGCUUCUGUUGGCCUAAAAGCAAAACCACUACUGCCAAAGAACCAGACUACAGGCCCUUUUCUUAGAAGCUUGAACCUUGUUUGUUUCCUGAGUAGCAUCACCGUGUCUCCCAGCACCACUGUCCUCAGCACCGCCACCUGUUGGCGUCUCGUCCAUCCUCACCCAGCUCUUGCACCCCCUCCAUCCCAGACAUGCAGACCCACCCACUCAUCCUCUGCAUGUUUCUAGUCUAUUACUGCCUUAACUAUUUAAAAAAGAAAACCCAGGCAUACUACUGAGAGUACGAAACAGGGGUUCCACUACACUUAACAACUCUCUUGCUGUGAUUGGCUUGUUUUGUGUUUCUUAUUGAAUUAUUUUUUACCACAUCAGUGUUGUUUAACUGCAAAGGUGUUUGUUUUGCUUUUGGGUCUGCAGGGGGGAAAAGAGCAGCAGUGGCAAGCCAUUAUAGCAGUCUCUUCCAACCUAGUGCCUUCCAGACUAUCUAGAUUGGAACUCCCAGCAUUCCUGGCCAUUUGCUGUGCUGGCUAAGGCUUUUGGGAGUCGAGGUGCAAAGCUUUGGGAGAGUUCCAGGUUGAGGAAGGCUUAUCAUAGCAUUUUGGAAAACAGACUGAAUUACUGUGCAAACCUAGUGAAGUCUUAAGAGUAAAGGCCUUUGAUUUAGCAGCCUUUGAGGAAGCUUAUUUUAUGAAUCCAGGGCAACAAAGAAGGUUGUUUUGCCUGCCCUGUGAUUAGCCUUAAUCCUCCAUCCCUUCUCAUCAAUACAAAAUAUUGUGCACGUGGGGAAACACCAUCGUUUGUCUGUGUGUGUGUGUAUUGGGGGGCAGCUGUCACCCCACUAGACCACUUUUCCCACAUACUUUAGAGCAUCCUUCCCCAGCCUGGUGCUCUCCAGUUGUACGGCAGUGCUCAGUGUCCCCUAGCCACCGUGUGGGGAGAUGCCUGUGUUGGAGAAGGCUGUUCUAAAGUACCACGGGCUCCAUGGUCAGUGUUGCGUCACACCUGCUUUAUACUGCCAUAACGUGAGGAGCACUUCCUGUCGAGGUGAGCGGAGUUUCACAUAAUGGGUGACGGUAGCGCUGCAAUGACAGCUGACCGGUGAGGGUAACAUAAAAGGGGGUGGCGGGUUGUCCCUUCCGACAGGAUGGUUUUGUUUAUUCUUUUAUAGUCCAUUCACACGCUGUAUGGGAUGGACCUCCUUUUCUGAAUAUUCUUAAACAUGGACGAGUUCUGUAAAACCAAAACUUCAGUCCCCCAAGUUGUUACACUGAUGCUGGGAUUUCCCUGUUCCCAGAAGCUGUGCCCUACUCGUAUUUUCACUGGAUGGAUAGCAGUGACGGGGUUUGCACUACAUGAUAAACCAUGGUAGGUUGUCAGCCAUAUUUGUUUCAGAGCGGCUGCUUAUGUUGUCCAAACCCUACGGUGUUGCUUGUUAAGCCACACUGGUCAGGUUCAGACAACAAGCUGCUGUGAAACAAACAUGGCUCACACCCCACCAUGGUUUAUUGAAUUGUGAAGCUCCGCAACAUGUGGGAAAGGGCCUUUAAUGUAGCUGUACUAUACACGUUAUCUCUUUUCAGACCUCCUUAAAACUUUGGUGUGCCCCGAUCUUAGAACCCUCUGAACUGUAGUUCUGCAGAGUGACUAGGAAUAUGUCAGUCCAAACUGAAAGCAACUUUAUCAUGCCAGGUCACAAUUUCCAGUACUCUUAGGAAAAGCAGAUUACUUACUAAGGUUUCUUCAAAUUGCACAUUUUUUCCUCAUCAUGGGAUUAUUUCUGCAAUCAUUUGUGAAGGGAGCCCUUUGUAAGUAGGCUAUGGAGAUGGGUAUUGUAAUUUGCAAGGUUUGAUAGAUGUGCGUGGUUUAAGUCUGUAGAGUAGGUAGGUACGUGUGGGCCAGAGGCACAGCCAUUCAUGAAACCAGAUUUCUCUAUCCAUGUUAAGAACAAUAGUUCAACAUGAGGUCCAGCGAGUCGAAGUAAUUUUGUUUGUAUGUAUAUGUAUUUUUCUGCUGAGAACUCCCCUGAAUGUGUUUUCCUUCAAGAACAUUUCAUUGGUGUGUAUAAGAUAAAAUUGUGUGUCCUUUUACUUUUUCUGCACAGACCGGUACAUGUGGAACUGCCCCUGUUCUAUUUUUACAGCAAUAAAAAGUUUGCCAGUAGAUACAUACAUGGCAAGAUUUAAGCUCUGGGCAAUUUUGUCCCUCCUGCUGCACUAACUGCUUGGAAUUUGCAGAACCGUUUUUAUACUCUCAGCUCAAGUGUCAAAAGUUUGAUCAAGAUGAUGUAACUGAAACAAAUAUAGCUCAUGUUUAGUAUUUUUUUAAGAAAUGAGUAUCUGGUGGUGUGUUUUUUCCCAUGUUUUGAAUUUCUACAUAUAAAUUAUACUUCUUAGUUUGAGGGAAAAAAACACUGCAAUGUGUGAAUAAUAAAACGUUGACCCCCCCCCGCCCCCCCACCCCGGCAACAGCCCCCCCGCUUGCAAAGUGGCCCUUUUGUGUAUCACUGCUUGGCUUUGAAGUAUUUUAUACGAUGAAACUGUGUUCAGGCUGGAAUUGAUUCCCAAGCAAAUGGAACUGGGCUCUCAUUUUGGCCUGCUGCCUUAUAAUGCGCACCAAGCGGGCCCCGUGAGACCGUGGGGGAAGCCCUGGGAGCCGGCGUACAGAUCUCCUCCCGCCCCUCUGUUUUAACUCCAUUGUCAAGUCCCUCUUCCUCUGUUGGUCAUCUUGCCCAUGGUUUUGCGUGCUCUAUCUGAUCCAAUUUUAACCAGAGUUAGAUUUGGGCUGGGGUUUCGAAUCUGGUUUGUAAGCUCCAAUUAAGGUCGGUGCAAAGCCACAGUUAAGGAAGGGAGCGGCAUGCAAGUCUGUGUCUCACACUGGACCUCUUGAGUAGUAUUUAAGAGGUGGCCAGCUUUAACGUGCACGCCGGGUCACCGUAGGUGUGGGAAAAUUGGAUUUAGUAGGGCUGUUUUGUUUUCUUAGUCUUACAAAAUAUAUUUAUAUAUUUUUCUCUAUGAUCAGUUAUGGAAGCUUCUUUAAAAAUCGGCAUGUUUUGUUUUUUUACUUUUGAGCCUGUAGUUUUAAGAUUGGCUAAAUCUACCAAUAGGUCACAAGCAAAAGCUCCACAAACAAAGGCAGAGACAAAAUGAAGAAAGGAGGGAGAGCUUUGAUGUAAUAAUCACACGGAAGGGGAAGGGGCAUGGGAGGGUGAAAUCCGAGUUUUGUUUGGGCUUUGCAUGUGUGUGUUCAAAGUUCCAGCACUCCCUACUCACUCCUCCAAGAGCUCCAUUUUUUUCUUUUUUGUGCUUCUAGGCUUACAAUCUGAGCAGGCUACAGCCUGCUCAUCCACAAAUGCUGGUGAGUGUAGUUUAAACCUUUAAAACACAAAAAUAAACACUUUAUGGGAGAGGCAACAGUGGAGAGUCCUUGGUCAACUGUUCUGGGCCUCUGACUGGGCACUGGGUUCCCACAUGGAUGAUAGCAGUGGCCCUCGGAGGCUCCAUGGCGAUCCCGGCUUCAGGAGGACGGGACGUCCUUUGGAGCCUGUGAUGUCAUGUCACUCAGGUGGGCAGCGCUUGCCUCGAGCCCCACCUCCCUUUAAGAUGCUGUGAACAGGUUGGGUGGCGCUUGCUGCAGCAACAGACCCAGGCUGCCGGCAGGGGUGGGACGGCUCGGGGAAUGUAGAACGCACCCUCCCCACUCCAUCCCAAUUGCCCAUCCCUGACUUUGGCCACGGAGACCAAAUUGUUCUGGUACAGUAUUACUUCCUUUUUGCCUGCAUGCCAUGCAUACCUUGGUUGUACUCUCACUGGAGUAGAACUCCAAGCUAAUCCAGUGGAAUUACGCAGUAUCUAUUUAUUAACUCCCAUCUCUGUCUAAUCCAGGUCUAGCAGGCAAGGGUAUCCAUGUUAGCUGUUCCUUGUUUUGUUAUGAUCCUCAAUUACCCUGGCUAUUAGAUUUUUAGGCACAUGUCUCCUGGUGGUAGGUUUUUUGGUUGUUUUUUUGUUUGUUUUUUUGGCUUGGGAUACUAAAAGUGCUAGAUGACUAUUCUGUUCUUGAGGUUCAAAAGUGCCAAUGAUUUUUGUUUUGUUAAGAAAUUAUUUCUAACCUUUUUACCCUUACGGAUCAGAGGGUUUUUAUUUUGGGUAAAUUUUGAACUUGAACCUAGAAAUCAGUUCGUAUUUUUUUAAACUUAGUUGAUAUUCUUAAGGAUGAUGAUGGUGUAUUAAUAUAAAAAGAACCUCUACACAAUUUUGUUGUACUGUAGAUUUUAAUGAAAGAUGUAAAAUAUUCAGCCUUUUUUCUUUGACUUUGUAUUUUACUGCAUGUAUUUCUCUAAUUUUUAAUCAAUAAAAGAAUUGUCCAUUG